AUGGCUAUACAACAGACGAGCCUAUGGCCACUCUUGGCUCUGAUGAACGAGCACACGGUGUUGGACUAUGACAACAACGACGCGACGCUUUGCGAGGUUCAUCCGAAGGGGACGUUCACCGACAUGACAUCGAAUCAGGUCAGUGGGGAGGGUGUACAAGGUUCGGCUGGGUUGGAAGAUGAGCUGAUCAAGGUGGAUCCCCACUUUCGACAUCCAACUAUUGCUCCCCAUCAUGCCCACCUCUUUGCACUCCCUCACGACCCCGCAGGCGAUCGUCGCCGAAGAACUCUUCAAACCCCACCACCAACACCUCAUGCUCGAAGCCGUCAACGAAGCGUCCCAGCUCGUGCUUGAUGGUUUCGAAGGUGUAAAGGGACGAGACGUCGCUAGUGUCGCAGUGGAUAUCGUCGUACGUUCUUCGGACACUUUGAGUGCACCGUUUUCGACGGCGGCGGGGGGUGAAGGAAUUGACUCAAGUUCGAUUGUCCUGACUUUUUGGCGCACCGGUUCGCUCGGAACCUUUCCCAUGAUGUCCUUUCCCCCCACAAAAAAAUGAAAAAUAAAAAACAGACCAUCAAACUCGCGCUCCCUAUACUCCCCCUCCUCAAGCCGACCGGACUCGUGCACUGUCAACUCUCCCUCGGCGCUUCUUCUUCUUCACUCGAAAACUUACUCCACCACGCUUUCGAUCCGUCAUCUCGCUCUAACGAAGAACACUACGCGAUCCCCUCGCGUGCACGCGUCUGUCUCAAGAUCCCUUCAACCUUACAAGGGAUUUAGGAGCGUGUGGGCUCCCUUCAAGAAGAAGGGGUUGUGCAUACAUUGGCGACGAUGUGUUUUCUCGAUCGAACAAGCUCUCGCGGCAGCAAAGGUUGGAGCGAGGUAUGUAGCGGCUUAUGUGAAUCCGUUGGAGGUGCAUUUCGUACCGGGGACGCAUAGAGAGUUGGGGGUUGCAUGGCUUGCCCGGAUACGAGGUGUUGAGGGUUGCGCAGAAGACGCUAAAGAUGAGGGGUUGGGACGCAAAGACCAAGAUGAUGGCCGCUAGGGGUGAGUGGGGAAGAUUCUAAUCUCGGCGCUUCUGUGCGUGUUCAGAAGAGGGGUGAUGCUGACGCCUUGAAAUACUUUCGAUCUCUAUAUAGUAUCGUCAUCCUCUCCGAAGCACUUUCUCUCGCAGGUCUGGAUCACUCGACCCUAUCCCCCGCCGUCCUCGCCCUCCUCAGCUCGACCCCUCUCACCCCCGAAAUAGAAGCCUGCAUCACCCAAUCCCUCUCCCUCUACGCCCAAGCCGAACCCACCUCCCUCGAAUGCGACCCCAAUACUGAAAAGGGACGUCAGACUUUGGCAGAUGCGUUGGAAAGAGAGGACGUGAAGGAGUUGAUGAGGUCCGCGACGGAGAUCUUUGGCGAUUUCAAAAUGGGCUUGUUCGAGUUGGCCAAGGAGAAGUUGAAAGCUGUUGCGGAGGGACAUUAG